GUAAACAAUUCGGUUGGGCUUCGCUUGAUUUUAAGCUAUUGCAAUGGAGUGCAGAAAUGAAAGUACUACUGAAUUCGAGACAUUCGCCAGUGUAUCGAACAAUCAAAGAGCAAAGGAAGAGGGUGAAAUGAGCAAAGAGAAUACCCUCCACCUAAUAAGCCUGGUUAAAAGUUUUGGUUGCUUAUGGAACGAAAAGGAUCCAGAUUUCGAAAAUGACCUAAAGAAGACGGAAGCUUGGGAAAUAAUUUCCCAAGCAAUGGAUCGCCCGACACAUAAGCUGAAACAUAAAUGGGAUAGCAUGCGAAAUUGUUUCGUUAUGUGCCAUGCCAAACAUUUGAGCAACAUUAUAAAACACAAGUGGUUCGCCUACAGUGCUUUGCAGUUUUUGGACAGCAAGUUAGCGAACGAUAUGCUACAGCAAAACCAACAUACAAUCGAAGAGACCGACGUUGAAAUAAUUGACGAGCUCGUGAAAAGUAUAACUAAAGAUUGUUCUUUGCAAUUGAUCAACCUCAUAAAAAAAUAUGAAUGCCUGUGGAACAAAAAGCGACCGGAAUAUAAAAACUUAUGUAUCCGGAACGACGCUUGGAAAGAGAUAUCCUACACGAUGGGUUAUGCACCGAACGUUUUGAGAGCUAAAUGGCAGAAACUACGUAACUUUCAUCGUUCAUUCACACACCGAUUGGAGAAGAAACUGAAAGAUGGUGUAACACCUUUGAAAAGGCCGUCAUGGUAUGGCUUUGAUGCUAUGGGCUUCCUUGCCAAUUCUUACGAAAGUCCUCCAAAAUGGAUAAUCUUUUUAAGUGACAACUAUAAUUAUAGUGACAGCGAAACGGAAGAGGAUAAUCAGCUAGAGCCUGAACAGAUGUCAACAGCAAAUGUUGGUGAUUGUUCACCAAGUCCCAAGAGCGCAGAUAAACCUACGGUCGAAAAACUAACGACAGUCACGUCACAAAUCGAAACGAAACCGCAAAGCCACUUGGAUGUCCCGAUUUUCAACGUAAAACACUCACCACCGCGCGUGCAAACAUUCCUUCGUUCAAAACGUUCGGUGCAAGACCCAUUACGAAUCGUACGUAAAGUUCCGCCACAGUUGGGACAAACAGUUACUUCGGUCACAAACCAACCGUCUAUAAAGUCGUUUUUGAACUUGUUAGAGCACGAACUGAAUGCACUUUCUGAAGAUUAUGCUACAAUGGCUCAGGUGGAAAUUUAUCGGAUUGUAGGAGAGUUCAAGUUGAAGGAUGUUAGCAGACGACAAGCAAGAAUCCAGGUACAAAAGCUACACGUGGAUAAACCACAGCCAGUGAGAAUACUCACUGUGCAAAAAAUUCAAGCCCAACCCGAUAUUCCAAUUGAGAUAACUCCGGAUCUACCGACUGAGAUAAAAAGUGAACCUCCAAGUUGAAACGAAAUGGAUACUGACUGUUUUAACACGUUCCGUACCGCGUCACCCAAAAAUGGGUGACAGCAGUUUUAGUUCUAAAAAGUUUUUGACCCAUAAAUAAAUGAAAAUGCA